GUUCGGAAGGUAUGGCGAGGUUACCGAUGUCUUCAUAAAGCCUGGCUGCGAACCAGGCAGGCAAUGGGCCUUUGUGACGUUUGCUUCUGCCAGUGAGGCACAGCAGGCCAAAGAGGCCACCGAUCGGCAGCUGACCCUUCCCGGGGCCGAUAGGGCCUGCGAGGUCAUGAUGGCAAAACAUCAAGGCCUCUUCGGUCAGGCACCGCUCAGCUCGUUCGGCCAGAACAUGAACAGCCCUAGCCCUGCGCAGCCACCGCCACCGCGAUCACCGCCACCGCCUCACAUGACGCCUUGGAGGACCUACAAGACACAGUCCGGACUGCCGUAUUACCACAAUACGCAGACAGGGCAGACUGUGUGGGAAUGUCCCACAGAGUUCGUGCCACCCCCUGGCAAUGCGCAUGCGGCAGGUGACAGAGGUGGACAAGGCCAUGAUCUUCUCUGGGCUGCUGGUGAGGGCACUCCUGGCGCCUGCCCACUCCUCCUCGAGGAGUCUGCAGUGCCAAAGAGCCUGCGCUUCGAAUCCUUGAAGUCCUUGCAGUAUGGCUCUGCUCCGUUUGCCUUCUCCGAGAUUCAGCAAGCCGGCGACGGGGCUGGGCAACGUGAUGGUCAGGAGCAGCAGGCGAUGCUGCAAAGGAAUCGCAGGACCGAUGCCUCGAUCGCAGCAAGGGCAGUCAGACCGCCGGGAUCUCAGCUGGCCCGGCUGAACGUCCUGAACACGUCGGCGUGCGGGGGGUUUCAGUCCUUGAGCAAUCCCUCCAACCAACGCCAACCUCGCGUUCGUUGCUUUCGAUGA